AUGGCGCUGGGCGUGCGCGCGCGCGUGGGCGUGGGCGUGGGCGCUGUGCUCGGGCUGAGCGCGGCGGUGGCCGUCGUCUGGUUCGCGGCCUCCACAGCGAACCCGUCGACGGUGCGCUACGUCAACGGCAGCGCGCCCGCCACGGCGCCGCCCCCGCCCCCGGAGAACCCCGCCCCCGGGGCGGGGGAGGAGCAGGAAGGAGAGCGGGACGCGGAGGCCGCCCCCGAGCCUUUCUCGCUGCCGCUGCGCCGCUCCAAGCGAGCGACGACGGUCGGCGCCGACACGUCCGACGUGACGGCCAUCGUGUACGACGACCGUUGCAUGCCGCACACGCGCUUCCUGCAGGACUGCAACACGUGCCUGUGCCCCACGAGCGGCAUCCGCGCUCGCGCCUCGUGCACCUGCCCCUGGACGGCGAGCGCUGCGCCCCCGGCGUCACCUACAUGGACGAGUGCAACACGUGCAUCUGCUCCAUGGACGGCAUCAAGGCGCACGCCUCCUGCACCUUCAAGGUCUGCCCCAAGUAGACCGCCCCCGCACAACCCCCCCGCCCCCACGCCUUUAUUUAAUGAUGGACGAGCACCUUCCUCACCCAACGCUCUGCGCUGGGCCGGCCCAAGCGGCCGCUACCAACAUGGCGGCAGUGCUCUGCGAGGAGGCUCACAUUGCUUAUUUACAAUUAGUGCCAUCUCACGGUCGUUGUACGAUUUUCUCUUAAUCGCCUUUUUAUUUUAGUUAGACACACAAGUAAACGACUCGUCCUUUAUAUACUGAAAUGUGUCGUGUAUAUAUAAAAUUAGACACUAUAAGCGCUUCGUGCAAAAAAGAAUAAUUGCAAAAAAGAGGUAAUAAUUUGACAGUUUCAAAAACAUUUUUGCCAUAGAUGAUCAUAUAUUUCUAGUGUAAAGAUUGGAUUUGUAACAUAUUUUCAUUUAAGUAAUUCAAUAAAGUUUCAAUUGACGAGUCCAAACAUUACUUAAAAGGUAAUUAAAUUUCCAUUCCUUCCCAUUUACCAAGUAAGCUAUCAUUUCGUUAUAUGUAGUGUACAAGUUAAUUUCAUCGGAAUAAAAAUUGUGUAUUUCUUCAGAUUUCCUGUUAUAGUUCAUUUUUUUACGUAUUGAACGAAAACUCACAUUUCUUAUCAUAUUUAAACCCUUUAUUUUCAAUACGCUCCAUUUUUUAAAAUUUAUUUUAUUUAGAGUCGCAUCAAUGACUAUAUUUUCUUUCCAACUUAUUCUUGAAAAAAUAUUUUAAACAUUUUGUGCAAUUUUAAGUGGUUUACAAUUAGAUAUAUAUUUAAUUCCUUGAGAUUUGCAUGGUACAACAGAUGAUCAUUGUUCAAGAUCGCCCCCAUUACUUCUCUUGGAACGGAUUUGUAGCCAUAUUCAAAAACCAAAGUACCAAUUUCAUUUUUGAAAAUUUAAAGUAGUGCUAACCCACUGCACGAUAAUACGUACUUCUAAGUUAAGAAUUAAAGAUUACUAUUAACUACAGAGAAUAGACUAGUCUGUUUUAGCAUAAGAAAUUAUUAAAAUGUGUUACACGAUAUGGCUAAUGCUAAAAAUAAGCUAUUUUGCCAUUUAAUUAAUGCAAUUUACACGUAAAUUAUUUUCGGCAUGUUUUACAUUUUAUUCAAUAUUUACUUCAUACGUUGCUUCACGUUUUGAUGUUUUUUAAUGCAUAUAUGUAAGCAUAUUUUUGUUUUAUUCCAAAUAAACCCAAGAUUUGGUUAUUACGUUGACUAUUCAACAGAAAAGCAUUAUUUAUCAUUUGGAAGUCAUUGGAUGAAAGAAGUGGGGAAAUGAGUGCGAGUGUUUUUGCAGUACUGAUUACAAUAUAUAUGACUUGUGUUGAUAACCUUGCUACUGCAAUCUUAUGUCAGGAAUAUAAGUUAAGGCUUUCAAGGACUACCAAAUGUGUUUGUCAUAUUCUCGCAAAGUUAGUAUAGAGAAAGUAUUGUAUUGCUGAGGCAAAAGUAGUAAUUUUUCAACAGAAAAACUCGUAUAGUUAGACCCUAAUACCAAAAAAGUGGAUAAAUUUUGUUCUGAUAUGUAAUAAAUUAUUUCUUUUAACAUUUUGUGUCGUCAGGAAUCACGUUUUUGGGUCAUUGAUAGCAAAAAGUAAAUUUAUAGCAAACGUCAGGCCGUACACCUUUUUAUCUGUGAACAUGAACAACGCUAGCGGCUAAACAGCACGUAGGACUUUCACGAAAAUUGAUAUUUCCGG